CGGCUUCCGCCGUGGGUGGAGGAAGAUGGCGUCGGGGGGUGGUGGCUGUAGCGCUUCGGGAAGACUCCCUCCGCCCUUCCCCGUCCUGGAGCCGGAGUCCGAGGGAGCAGUCGGGGGGUCAGAACCAGAGGCCGGGGACAGCGACACCGAGGGGGAGGAUAUUUUCACCGGCGCCGCGGAUGCCAGUAAGCCCCAGUCUCCAAAGAGAAUUGCUUCCCUUCUUCCCAUCAACAGUGGCUCCAAAGAAAAUGGGAUCCGUGAGGAACAAGACCAAGAGCCACAGGAUCUCUUUGCAGAUGCCACAGUGGAGCUAUCCCUGGACAGCACACAAAAUAAUCAGAAGAAGGUGCCAGCCAAAAUACUCAUUUCUCUUCCUCCACAGGAGGCCACAAAUUCUUCUAAGCCCCAGCCAAGCUAUGAGGAGCUAGAGGAAGAAGAACAGGAAGACCAAUUUGACUUGACAGUUGGUAUAACUGAUCCUGAGAAGAUAGGGGAUGGUAUGAAUGCCUAUGUGGCCUACAAAGUUACAACACAGACGAGCUUACCAAUGUUCAGAAGUAAACAGUUUGCAGUGAAAAGAAGAUUUAGUGACUUUCUGGGUCUUUAUGAGAAGCUUUCAGAGAAACACUCCCAGAAUGGCUUUAUCGUCCCUCCUCCCCCGGAGAAGAGCCUAAUAGGAAUGACAAAAGUAAAAGUUGGGAAGGAAGACUCUUCUUCUGCAGAAUUUCUUGAAAAACGGAGGGCUGCUCUAGAAAGGUACCUUCAGAGGAUUGUGAAUCAUCCUACCAUGUUACAGGACCCUGAUGUCAGGGAGUUCUUGGAAAAAGAAGAGCUGCCACGCGCCGUGGGUACCCAGACAUUCAGUGGUGCUGGUCUCCUCAAGAUGUUCAACAAAGCCACAGAUGCAGUCAGCAAAAUGACCAUCAAGAUGAAUGAAUCAGACAUUUGGUUUGAGGAGAAGCUCCAGGAGGUAGAGUGUGAGGAACAGCGCUUACGGAAACUGCAUGCCGUUGUAGAAACUCUAGUCAACCACAGGAAAGAGCUAGCGCUGAACACAUCCCAGUUUGCAAAGAGUCUCGCCAUGCUCGGGAGCUCUGAGGACAACACAGCAUUGUCACGGGCACUCUCCCAGCUGGCUGAGGUGGAAGAAAAGAUCGAGCAGCUCCACCAGGAACAGGCCAACAAUGACUUCUUCCUCCUUGCUGAGCUCCUGAGUGACUAUAUUCGCCUCCUGGCCAUAGUCCGUGCCGCCUUUGACCAGCGCAUGAAGAUGUGGCAGCGCUGGCAGGAUGCUCAAGCCACACUGCAGAAGAAGCGGGAGGCUGAGGCUCGGCUGCUGUGGGCCAACAAGCCUGACAAGCUGCAACAGGCCAAGGAUGAGAUCGUAGAGUGGGAGUCUCGGGUGACUCAGUAUGAAAGGGACUUUGAAAGGAUUUCAACUGUGGUCCGAAAAGAAGUGAUACGGUUUGAGAAAGAGAAAUCCAAGGACUUCAAAAACCACGUGAUCAAGUACCUUGAGACACUCCUGUAUUCACAGCAGCAGCUGGCAAAGUACUGGGAAGCCUUCCUUCCUGAGGCAAAGGCCAUCUCCUAAUGGACCAAGGACACCAGAGUCCACCUGCCUGACGCUGCCUUUUUAUACACUGUCCUCCUCCACCUCUGCUGGACCCCAGUGAUGCAUCCUGCCUAGCCUGGACUUCACCCCUUCCUCCCUGCCCCCAUGGCCAAGCUGUCCCCAGUCACUCUAACCAGUCCUACAUUUAGCUUCCAUAUAUAUUUUCUUACCUGAGAGAAUAGUUUCUUGCUUUAAGCAAAAAACCUAUACUAGAUGGUGGAAUUAUGGGAUAGGGGUGGAGUAUUGAUAUAAAUAUAUAAAUACAAAUGUAUAUUUUUCAGGAUGUGGUUAGGAACUGGGAAUAACAUUUUCUGUUACUCCUGAUGGUGCCAUGAAAAGAUUAUGUAAUAAAAUACUUUAAAAUCGGG